AUGCCGGGCCCUUGGCUGCUGCUGUCUCUGGCUUUGAUCUUCACCCUAACUGGUAUCCCCGAAUCCUGCGCCUUGCCAGAGGCAGCCCAGGAGGAGGGUGCUGUCCAGAUGCAGCCAGAACGUCGAUUCUUGCGGAAAGACCUCCAGCGGGUGCGAGGAGACCUGGGUGCAGCCUUGGACUCCUGGAUCACGAAGCGCCAGCAUCCAGGCAAAAGGGAGGAGGAAGAAGAAACUGAAGCUGAAGAGAGGGGAGACUUGGGAGAAGGGGGAGCCUGGAGUCCCCACAAACGACAGCACCCUGGUCGCCGUGCCAACCAGGAUAAGUAUUCAUGGGUAGAAGCAGAGGACAGCGACUGGGUGUCACCGACCAGGUUACCACAUUUUUUUCUGGAGUCCUGGUACUUAGACCAAUUAGACCAAGUCAAGCGGCAGCAUCCUGGCCGGAGAUCUUUCCCCUGGAUGGAGUCUGAUGUCACCAAGAGGCAGCAUCCAGGCCGGAGGUUCAUAGAUCCCAACUUUCAAAGAAGCUGGGAAGACAAAGAAGAGGGAGAGGGUGUCCCAAUGCCGGAGAAACGCCAGCAUCCUGGCAAGAGGGCGUUGGGUCAACCUUGUGGGCCCCGGGGGGCUUGUGGCCAAACAGACCUUCUCCAGCUCCUAGGUGACCUGAGCAGGGGCCAAGAGACCCUGGAGAAGCAAAGUCCACAACUGGAAGCCUGGGAUAGGGAGCCUCUCUUUGAGGACUAA